AGGGCGGUUUCAGAAACUGGACGGUUUUCAGGAGCUGGGCUAUCAGGAACUGGUGUAGAGCAGUUUUCAGGAGCAGGGCAAUUAGGUUCUGGUUCAGGGCACUUCUCUGGAGCUGGCCAGUCAGGUUCUAGGUCAGGACAGGUCUCAGAGGCUGGACGGUUUUCAGGAGCUGGACUAUCAGGAACUGAUAGAGGACACUUCUCUGGAGCUGGCCAAUCAGGUUCUAGUUCAGGACAGUUCUCAGAAGCUGGACGGUUUUCAGGAGCUGGGUUAUCAGGAACUGGUGUAGAACAGUUUUCAGGAGCUGGGGAAUUAGGUUCUGGUUCAGGGCACUUCACAGGAGCUGGCCAAUCAGGUUCUAGUUCAGGACAGUUCUCAGAAGCUGGACGGUUUUCAGGAGCUGGACUAUCAGGAACUGGUAUAGAUCAGUUCUCAGGUUCUAGUUCAGGACACUAUUCAGAAACUGGCCAAUCAGAUUCUGGUUCAGGACAGUUUUCAAGACCUGUACAAUCAGUAUCUGGUACAGGGCAGUUCUUAGGAACUGGACAAUCAGGCUCUGGUUUAGGGCAGUUCUCAGAACCUAGACAGUUUUCAGGAGCUGGGCAAUCAGGUUCGGGUACAGGGCAGUUCUUAGGAACUGAACAAUCAGAACAGUUCCCUGGUGAUGGUAAACCAGACCCAGGUUCAGGGCAGUUCUUAGGAGCUGGCCAAUCCAGCGCUAGCCAAGGACCUCUCCUAGAAGCUGGGCACCGUGGCUCUGGUUCAGGUGGACAGACAAACCCUGGUUCAAUACAGCUUUCAGGAGCAGGGCAAACCGGCUAUGACUCUGAUCAUAUUCCAAGAGCUGACCAAACCGGUCUUGGUACAGGACAGUUCACUGGUGCUGGUCAUUCAGGCUCUGGUGCAGUGCAGUCCCCAGGAACUAGGCAGUCAAGCUCUGCAUCUACACAGUUCUCGGGAGUGGGCUUAACUAGUGGUCCCCAGUCUGGCCAAACCUCUGCUUACGACCAAACUAUCCCUGGAACUGGACAUUUACGCUUUGACGAAGGGCAGCUCUCGGGUGCUGAUAAAUCUGGCUCUGACUCAGAACACUUGUCAAUCGGUGUUCCUCAGCAGUCUGUCAACACUGAAUACGGUUAUCCAUGAGUGCAUAGUAGAAUAAAGCUAUAAUUUAGUUUAAA